AUGUAUACUCGCAGCAGGGUAGUGGGCUCCGGGCUCGGCGCCAACCAACCCUCCCGCUCCUCCUGGGACCCCUCUGCGCGGCGCCAGGAGCUGGGCCAGCUGCCAGGCCAGAGACAGGGUAUGGAGGCGGCCUCCAAGGACCCUUCGAGGGAGAGUCUGGGGAACCGGGAACAGAGGCUUGUGCACACGGACACAUAUACCCUGAUAGCACCAAAUGAGAGCCGCAGAAGCCAGAUACAAAGGAUUGCUAAGAAAGAGCUAGAAGACCUGGAGAAAUGGAAGGAGCAGAAUAGAGCUAAACCAAUUAACCUGAUGCCAAGACGGCUAGGUGGAAGCCAAUCAGAAGCUGAAGUCAGGCAGAAACAACAACACCAACUGAUGCAAUCUAAAUACCAGAAAAAGCUAAAAAGAGAAGAAUCUGUAAGAAUCAAGAAGGAAGCAGAGGAAGCUGAAAUCCAAAAAAUGAAGGCAAUUCAGAGAGAGAAGAGCAAUAAACUAGAAGAGAAAAAGAGACUUGAAGAAAAUCUCAGAAGAGAAACAUUUAGAGAUCAUCAGCAAUAUAAAACUGCUGAAUUCUUGAGCCAACUGCAAACAGAGUUACCAAACAGAAGCACCUAUGAAAGUACUCUUUAUGAACCACAGUCCUCAACAUGGAAACUUCCAGUCCUGCCUAGGCAUAACAGCUGCGCCAGAAGCAAGGCUUAUAAAGACUUGCUGAAGGAAGAAGAGAACCGAAAAUUACAAAAAAUGAAGGAAGAACAACACCGGAAGGAACUUUAUAGUUUUAGUUUUAAGUCUUUGGUACAGUUUGCGUUAGUUUUUGUGGAUGGUGUGAG